AAAAACAUGGAUUUCCAAAGCCAAAAGCUAUAUUCCCCAAAAUUCAACAAAAAGAGGCUAAACCAAGAGCAAGUGAGGUUGCUCGAGAGGAGUUUCAGUGCCAACAAGAAGCUUGAGCCUGAGCUCAAGCAUCACCUCGCCAACCAGCUCGGCGUUCCGCCGAGACAGGUGGCGAUUUGGUACCAAAACAAGCGAGCCCGAUGGAAGACACAGAACUUGGAACUCGACUACAACACCCUCCAAGUGAAACUAGACAACGCAUUGUCCGAAAAUAGGAGGCUCGAUAAAGAUGUCAAGUAUCUCCAAGAAGAGUUAAGGAAAGCUCAAGAGAUGAUGUUUGCCAUGAACAGUUCUCAAAGAGAUUAUUAUCAUCACCAUCAACAACAAAAUCAUCAGCCGCUUAACUUUGUUUCCUGCAAAUCGACGGGGUCUAGUGAAGAAGGGGGAAGCUCGAGCUUCCAUGAAGAUCAUGAAAUGUUGCAAAUUGAUGAACUCUAUGCUUGUUUGAUUGGUGCAGAUAAGUCAACUUGGAGCUAAGCUGGGUUUUAUGGGAAAUUUGAUCCUCUUUUUUUCAUUGUAUUGAAGGUGCAAUAACAUGUUCCUUGUUGGGUGUCUAAAAUUUGUAAGAAAAUAGUUGUGACUUCUUAGGGUGUGUUUGGUCAGAAGGAAAAGUCAAAAGGAUCGACCAAGCAAUUAUAUAUAUAUAUAUAUAU